UACUACACCCCUUAUUCAACUUCUUUCCUACAUAUAAAACCUUUCUUCUUCUCUCUUCCCAAAUCUUUUUCCUCUCUAUUUUCUUAACCAAAGCCAUCUCUCAAACUUCAACUUCAACCAUAGUCCAAACACAUACAUAUGUACUUUUAAAAUAAAAAAAUCUAGGGUUAUUAUUAUAUGGAUCCUCAUCUUCAUCACCAUCAUCAGCAACAACAACAACACCAAUUUAGUCAUCAAAGUGUGAAUAUCGAUACGACUAGUGGAGGGAUUAAUAUCGGUGGCGGUGGUGAUAGGUUCCCUCAAUGGAGUAUUCAAGAAACAAGGGAUUUCUUGAUGAUUCGAGCCGAGUUAGAUCAAACUUUUAUGGAAACAAAAAGGAAUAAGCUUCUAUGGGAAGUCAUAGCAACAAAGAUGAAAGAAAAAGGUUACAAUAGAAGCCCUGAACAGUGUAAAUGCAAAUGGAAAAAUCUUGUUACGCGUUAUAAGGGAUGUGAAACGCUUGAACCGGAAGCUCUACGACAACAAUUUCCAUUUUACAAUGAGUUGCAAGCAAUUAUUGCAGCUAGGAUGCAAAGAAUGUUAUGGAUAGAGGCAGAAGGUGGUGGUGGCGGUGGAGGAGGGGCUAGCGGGUCGAAGAAGAAGACUAUAUCUUCUGAUGAAGAGGAAGAAAAUGAGGAUAGUGAAGGAGAAAAGGUUGGCAAAAAGAAAAGAAAGAUUAAGGGAAAUAUUAUUGUUGGUAGUUCUAGUGGUGGGAAUAAUAAUAAUUUAGUCAGUAGUUUAAAGGAGAUUUUGGAUGAUUUCAUUAAGCAACAAAUGGCAAUGGAAAUGCAAUGGUUAAAAGCUUAUGAAGAAAAGGAAGAAGAGAGGAAAAUGAAGGAGAUGGAAUGGAGACAAACAAUGGAGGCUUUAGAAAAUGAGAGGCUUAUGAUGGAAAGAAGAUGGAGAGAAAGAGAAGAACAAAGGAGGAUGAGAGAAGAAGCUAGAGCUGAGAAGAGGGAUGCACUUAUCACAACUCUUUUGAACAAGCUUAGAAGAGAAGAUCACAACAUGUAGGGUGCACGUACGUACGGUCAGACCUCUCUAAAACAAUCAUCAUCUAUAACAAUAUUUCAAUAUAACAAUCAAGUUUUCUUUGGAACAAUUCUUUCAUGUUAUGUUAUGAGUAUCAUAUGUUUCCAAUACUGUUAUGGAGAGGUUUCACUGUAUUUUAGAAUAUAAAGAAAGUGGAAUAUUAGCUAGCUAGCUGAUUAGACUAACUUCUUUUAAUUUCUUGAUUAAAUUUUUGCUGAUGAUGUUCUUGAGGAUAGUUAAAAGGAGUAGAGAAAAAAAAAACAAGAAGCCCUGUGAUAAGAGGUUUGUCUUGAAGCUCUCUUCUUGUAGUGAAAAAACAAAGUAAGUGUUAGCUCUAUGCAUUUUAUGUCUCUUCUUUUCUUUAGUUUGUAAUUUAUAAAAUUUCUCACUUUCUUGA